CCUAAAACUUCUGCGAUAGUGAAGCAGCUGCUUGCUGAAGAGAAUGCCGGAGAACUGCAGAAAUACUUUGGCUCACGGAUGGAGUUUGGCACAGCAGGGCUCAGAGCUGCCAUGGGACCAGGGAUUUCCCACAUGAACGACCUGACUAUUAUCCAGACAACUCAGGGAUUUUGCAGAUACCUUGAGAAGAAUUUCAGUGACCUGAAAAAGAGAGGCGUUGUCAUUGGUUUUGAUGCUCGUGCCCAUCUUUCCAGUGGAGGUAGUAGCAAAAGGUUUGCAAGACUUGCUGCUAAUACUUUCGUCAGUCAAGGAAUUCCAGUUUAUCUGUUCUCUGAUAUUACACCAACUCCUUUUGUGCCAUACACAGUAACUCAUUUGAAGCUUUGUGCUGGAAUUAUGGUUACAGCUUCCCAUAAUCCAAAACAAGAUAAUGGUUACAAGGUUUACUGGGAAAAUGGUGCUCAGAUCAUUUCCCCUCAUGACAAAGGAAUUUCUCAGGCGAUUGAGGAGAACCAAGAGCCGUGGCCUCAGGCUUGGGAUGACAAACUGAUUGACAGCAGCCUGCUACUUCAUGAUCCAUAUGCCACGGUCAAUAAGGAGUAUUUCAAAGACAUACAGAAACAGUGCUUUCACAGGAAUAUAAACAAGGAAACAAACCUGAAAUUUGUUCAUACUUCUGUGCAUGGUGUAGGUCAUAAAUUUGUGCAGUUGGCCUUCAAGGCAUUUGACCUUAGCCCUCCUUUUGCUGUUCCGGAGCAGAAAGAUCCUGAUCCAGAAUUUCCCACAGUGAAGUAUCCAAAUCCUGAAGAAGGCAAAGGUGUUCUGACGUUGUCUUUUGCUCUGGCUGAAAAAGAUGGGGCAAAAAUAAUUUUAGCAAAUGAUCCUGAUGCUGAUCGACUCGCAGUGGCAGAGAAACAAGAGAGUGGUGAAUGGAAAGUGUUUUCUGGAAAUGAGCUGGGAGCUCUUUUAGGCUGGUGGAUCUUCACAUGCUGGAAAAAUCACAAUAGGGAUACUCGUGCCAUUAAAGAUGUCUACAUGUUAUCCAGUACUGUUUCUUCCAAAAUCCUGAGAGCAAUUGCACUAAAGGAAGGUUUUCACUUUGAGGAAACACUGACAGGUUUCAAGUGGAUGGGCAACCGUGCCAAACAGCUCAUGGACCAAGGAAAGGCUGUCCUUUUUGCAUUUGAGGAGGCUAUAGGAUAUAUGUGCUGUCCUGCUGUUCUGGACAAAGAUGGGGUCAGUGCCGCUGUUAUAACAGCAGAGAUGGCUAGCUUUUUGGCAACCAGGAAUUUGACUUUGUCUCAGCAGCUGAGAGCUGUAUAUGAUGAAUAUGGCUUCCAUAUUACUAAAGCUUCAUAUUUCAUCUGCCAUGAUCCUAAAGUUAUUCAACAGCUUUUUGACAACCUUAGAAAUUUUGAUGGAAAAAACACAUACCCAAAAUCUUGUGGUAGAUUUAAAGUUUCUGGAAUAAGGGAUCUAACUACUGGAUAUGACAGCAGCCAGCCAGAUCAAAAGGCUAUACUUCCCACUAGUAAAAGUAGCCAGAUGAUAACGUUCACUUUUGCUAAUGGAGGAGUGGCCACAAUGAGAACCAGUGGGACGGAACCAAAGAUCAAAUACUAUUCUGAACUUUGUGCACCUCCUGGAAACAGUGAUGUUGAGCAGCUGAAGAAGGAACUAGAUGAACUGGUCAACGCUCUUGAAAAACACUUCUUUCAACCGGAAAAAAAUAAUCUUCAACGAAAGACUGAGUAAAAGAGGAAAAUUACUACCUUAAUUGAUUUUUGCAGCAUUAGAAGUGUAUUAUUUAAGAAGUAAGGAUUUUUAGGACCAAACAUCUGAGAACUCAGACUAAAAAGAGUUCUGCGUUUCAUAAGAGUUACUCUGGGUACUCCUGGUUCUAUUAUCUUAUUUUGGAAGGAAAGUACCUUUAGCCUUAAAGGACCAAAACCCCCAAUCAGUUGAACUGAAAGCUUUAUGAACUAAAAGCUGACUGCAAAUGUAUUUCAAUCAAAACUUGUUUUAAUUAAAUAUUAUAAGUAA